AUGACAAGAUACACCAAGCUGGACGGAAGGCGGUCGCUCGCCAAGAAGAUGGUCGACUCGGACAGCGAGCCUGAGUCCACACCUGUCGCCACGCCUGUCAAGGCCGCACCACCGCCGACUCUCGAAGAUCCCGCAGCAGAGACACCAUCGAAGGACAAGAAGAAGGAUAAGAAGGAUAAGAAGGACAAGAAAGAGAAGAAGGACAAGAAGAACAAAGACAGUGGUGACGAUGUAAAUGAAGUUGCUGUCGACGAGGCUCAGGACGAGGCGCAACCCACCGAGCCAGUCGCAUCCACCUCAGCCUCUGCAGCCGAGACAGAUCAACCAGCCGCCGAUGCCGAGCCACCUACCGUAGAGAAGCUCCUCAAGCGCGCCAAGCUGCUCAAGCUCAAGGCCAAGAAGGCCAAGAACGAGGAGAGCAAGAAACGCUUCCAGAAGAUGACGCGCGACAUUGAGCGUCAGGUCGAGCAGAUGUUUGGCUCGUUCGAGUAUGGCCCCAAGGGUCAGCUUAUCCGUCUCGGCGCGGCUCAGUCGGAUACCAUGUGUCAGUCGAGGCACAAGGGCGAGGAUUGGUCCGGCAAUCAGAUGGGAGGUGAUCGGGGAUGGGGUGCCCGUGGCGGCGCUGCUCAGAGCUACGGCAAUGGUGGCGGAUACUCGAACCAGGGCAGCAACGGCAACGCAGGGUGGGGUCAGACAGACGAACAGCGACGCAUGGACCGACGAGACGCUCGACGUGAAGAGAGGGCGGACCAGCGACAGUCCAAACUCAAGUGUUUCGCGUGCCGUGGUAUGGGUCACUCGGCAAAGGACUGCCCGAACGCGCUCGACGCUCAAUCGAUCUCGCUAAAGGGAGACGCUUCCACCUCGGACACGCCCAUGAUUGGUCGCGAUGCGGUAGGAAUCUGCUUCCGCUGCGGCUCGACCGAACACACGCUUUCGAAAUGCCGCAAGCCUGCGCUCAAGAACGACGAACUACCGUACGCAACCUGUUUCAUCUGCCACUCGAAGGGCCAUCUCUCCUCCAAGUGUCCCAACAAUGCCGGUCGCGGUGUCUACCCCGAGGGCGGAUCGUGCAAGCUCUGCUCCUCCGUAGAACACUUGGCGAAGGACUGCCCGCUGUCACUCAGGAACGAGGGCAAGAGCACCAAGGGCGAUCGCGAGGCCAAGGCGCUGGUCAACCAGGUCAUCGUCGGAUCGACAAAGGAUCAAGCAGCAGGCGGAGACGAGGAUGACUUCCACAGUUUCGCAAGGAAGCGCGCUCAGGUGGACUCGGAGGCCAAGGUGGACAAGGCAAGUCCGUCAAAGAGGCAAAAGAGUAGUGCCAAGGUGGUCUCGUUCUAG